CGCCGAGAUGUUAAUGAGGAUCAGACUGCAGCGGUUCGGGUCGUGUUUAGUUGCUGCUGCUGUCUGAGGGCUUUGUGCGCUUGUCCUUAAAGAUCCACUUACAGGACGAUCCUGUUUCUGUUUCGCUCUGAAUCGGGUGGUUUUCCCCUCAUCAUCACACAUGUGGCCCGUUUCUCUGUCUGCUGUCUGUUUCUUGUAUGAUCUGGGUUUGUUGUGAAGAGUCUGACCGCUGGAAGUUUGCAGCUUCACACAUGGCUGUGGUUAGACUCUGACAGGAGCGUCUUAAAGUGACAGCAGCGGAGCUCCGCUUCAGUCUGAACCAGACACUGUAUAAAACAGGUCUGAACGGGACACUGAUGUUCUGAUUCUCUGGAGGGGAGAUAUAAAUGGUUCUGACAGCGUUUGUUAGCAUGGAGCCGCGUGAUGAGCGUGUGGAGAAGCAGGCGUGUGGCGCCGCCCUGCAGGUGCAUCUGUACAGAGACGAGGCGAGUGCGCUGACCUAUCCGGCCGGAGAAUACGUGACCGAAGAGCUCUGCAUCAGCGCCGCCAAGGAGUGCGGUGUCAGUCCCCCGUACUGCAGUCUGUUUGGACUCAUGAGAGAGCGAGACCGAGUGUGGCUUCCACCCAAUCACAUCCUCAAGAUCGAGGCCUCGGCCAAUGAGACGCUGCUGUUCAGGAUCAGGUUUUAUUUUCCAGGCUGGUACGGCAGCGGCUCGAGCGCGGCCCGCAGGUACGGCAUCUCCAAGAGCUCAGAGGCACCUGUGCUCGAUGACAUCACUGCAGCGUACCUGUUUGCUCAGUGGAGGUCAGACUUUCUGAGCGGCGCGGUCAGCGUUCCCAUCAGCCUGGAGUUUCAGGAAGAGUGCUUGGGAUUGGCUGUUCUUGAUAUGAUGCGUUUGGCCAAAGAAAAAGCCAAGUCACCUGUUGACAUCUACAACCACAACAGUUAUAAGUCGUUCCUGCCGAAGAACAUGCGAGCGCACAUCCAGAAGCAGCACUUUGUGACCCGGAAGAGGAUCCGCUUCCGCUUCAGGAAGUUCAUCCAGCAGUUCAGCGCAUGUAAAGCCAUGCCGCGAGACCUGAAGCUGAAGUACGUGGUCAGUCUGGAGACGCUGCAGGCGGCCUUCUACAGCGAGCAGUUCCACGUCAGCGGACCGUCCGCAGGAGACGUCUGCAUCACCGUCAGCGGGAGCCACGGCAUCCGCUGGAGCCCAGCCGAAGAGCCCAGGGGCCCAGAGGAUCCGCAGGUUUACUGCGAUUUCUCGGACGUCAUCGACAUCAGUAUAAAGCAGGGGACUAAAGACGGGUCCGUGGAGAACCGGAUCGUCUCCAUAAACAGACGGGACGGCCAGACGCUGGAGCUGGAGUUUCACUCUCUGAGCGAGGCGCUGUCCUUCGUGUCUCUGAUCGACGGCUACUACAGACUCACCACAGACGCUCAUCACUACCUGUGUAAGGAGGUGGCGCCCCCUAGACUGCUGGAGGCCAUUCAGAUCAGCUGCCACGGGCCAGUGUCGACGGAGUUCGCCAUCAGCCGCUUGCGUCGAUGUGAAAACCACAGGGGCGUUUAUAUCCUGCGGUGCAGCCCAAAAGAUUACGACCGGUACUUCCUGUCCUUCGUGGUUGAGUUCGAGGGUCAGCUGGAGUUCAAGCACUGUCUGGUGGUUCGCUCUCACUCCGGAGAGUUUGUGCUCAAUGGAGCCAAAUGCAGCUUCAACAGUCUGGGUGAAUUACUGCAGCACUACCAGAAGGAGGCGCUGCGCUCCGACAGACACGUGUUCCAGUUCAGCUGCCGCUGUCCGCCGCGCAGCAAAGAUAAAUCCAAUCUGCUGGUGUGCAGGAGCAGCCAAACCUCUGAAGCGUGUCUCUCGCCGUCUGAAUUCAAACACGUCAACCAGAUGAUCUUCCACAAGAUCCAUAAAGAAGAUCUGGAGACGAGAGAGAGUCUGGGUCAGGGAACGUUCACGCAGGUCUUCCGCGGCGUCCGGAGGGAGCUCAGCGAUUACGGAGAGAUCCACAAGAUGGACGUGGUGCUCAAAGUCCUGGAUAAAACCCACCGCAACUACACUGAGUCCUUCUUCGAGUCGGCGAGCAUGAUGAGCCAGCUAUCCCACAAACACCUGCUGCUCAACUACGGUGUCUGCGUGUGUGCUGAUGAGCACAUCAUGGUGCAGGAGUACGUGCGCUUCGGCUCUCUGGACACGUACCUGAAACGAAACCGCAACACCAUCAACAUCACCUGGAAGCUGGAGGUGGUUAAGCAGCUAGCAUGGGCGCUACAUCACCUGGAGGAGAAGAACCUGAUCCACGGAAACGUCUGCGCCAGGAACGUUCUGGUGACCCGAGAAGAAGACCGAAAGACAGGAACGCCUCCGUUCAUCAAGCUCAGUGACCCGGGGAUCAGCAUCACCGUCCAGCCCAGAGAACUUCUGGUGGACCGGAUCCCGUGGGUUCCUCCCGAGUGCGUGAAGGACAGCAAGAGCCUGAGUUUGGCAGCAGAUAAGUGGAGCUUCGGCACCACGCUGUGGGAGAUCUACUGCAGCGGAGAACACCCGCUGGCGGCGUACGACGGCUCCAAGAAGCUGCUGUUCUACGAAGACAAGCACCAGCUCCCAGCUCCGAAGUGGACUGAACUGGCCAGCGUGAUCACCAGCUGCAUGGAGUACGAGCCGCCGCGGCGACCCUCGUUCAGAGCCGUCAUCCGAGACCUCAACAGCCUCUUCACGCCAGACUACGAGCUGCUGGCGGAGAGCGACACGGUUCCCAGCAGGCAGCGGGCUCUGGGUCUCGCCGGAGCGUUCGAGAGACAGGAACCCACUCAGUUCGAGGCCAGACACCUGAUCUUCCUGCAGCUGCUGGGGAAGGGGAACUUCGGCAGCGUGGAGAAGUGCCGCUACGAUCCGCUGCAGGACAACACGGGGGACGUCGUGGCGGUCAAGAAGCUGCAGCACAGCACGGCCGAACACCUGCGAGACUUCGAGCGUGAAAUCGAGAUCCUGCGCUCGCUGCAGCACGAGAACAUCGUCAGAUACAAGGGAGUGUGUUACAGCGCAGGUCGGAGGAACCUGCGGCUGGUCAUGGAGUUUUUGCCGUUCGGUAGUUUGAGAGAUUAUCUUUCAAAAAACAAGGAACGUUUCGACCACAUGAAGCUGCUGCUGUACGCCUCUCAGAUCUGUAAGGGGAUGGACUACCUGGCGUCCAGGCGCUACGUCCAUCGAGAUCUGGCCACCAGGAACGUUCUGGUGGAGAGUAGUGAGUUUCGUGUGAAGAUCGGAGACUUCGGCCUGACUAAAGUUCUUCCUCAGGAUAAGGAGUAUUACACCGUGCGCGAGCCGGGCGAGAGCCCCAUCUUCUGGUGAGGAGAUCCUGCGUGACGAAUGAUACAGAACUCUGCUAUAUUUCACCCCGAAAUCAAGAGACAAACAAGCAAUGAUUUUCUAUUCUGAAAUUAAUGAAAAUUAAGCCUUUUUUUGGUUUGUUUUUAACCAGGUCAGGGACAAUUAAUCGAUGCAUCGCGAAUCAAGUAAUUAUUCUGCGUCGAUUCUGAGAGUCUCUCUGGAAUGGAUUGUGAACAGCAGAUGGCGCUGCGUGCUUUAAUAACAGCUGCAUUCUGAUGUUUCCAGUUCCUUAAACACACCACUUGGACAUAAAAUAAUAAUAGAGUUUGAAGUGAAUUACAAAGGUGUUCACAGUGGGCUGUGUUUACAUUGAUCUUGUGUCAUAAAAGCUGAAGUGCGAAUACAUUUAAACACUUACAUGACUCACCUGAACGCACAAGCGCUCUUCUUCGUGAGCAUUUGCGUGUGCAGUAAAAACUAGCCUAGAGCGCCAUCUGCUGUUAAAAACUAAGCUCCAGAUCGAUUCGAG